AUGGCUAGAAAAACAAGAUCAUCCACGAGUCCCAAAACACCUGCAAAGAGCACAAAGCCAACUUCGGUCGACAGCACUCCUGUGAAGUCCACAGCCGUUUCAAAGUCAAAAAAAGCCCUGAAAGCGCAGCCAAAGGCUGCCAUCCAAAAAGAGUUUGGUUACGUUUCCAAGUCACAGGCUUCCAAAGCUCUUGAAGAGUUGAAAAAAUUCAUUGCUCGCUCCAAAGAGAUUUCGGCCAAGGAAGGAAAAGAAAAAUCUGACUUGUUUGCUGACGAGGAUGAUAAGGAGGAGAACACUCAGUUGGUGGUGAGAUUUGAGUUGAAAAAACUUUAUACAAAAAAAGCUGAAUUCAAGCCGAAGCUCGUCGCUUUGUCCAAGCCUUACAGAAACAUCAAUGGUAAGACCAAGACGUGCUUGUUUUUGCGGGACCAAUUUAUCACCAGCGAUGAGGAAGUCGAGAACAUCGAAAAGGCUCAGAUCCCCACGUUAGCUAAGAUCCUCACCUUGACCCAAUUGAAGACUGUCUACAAAACUUUUGAAAAGCGCCGUGAGCUUCAAAAGGAGUAUGAUAUCUUCGUUGUAGAUGACGCAAUCUUGUCAUCCAUGCCUUCUACCUUGGGUAAGACAUUCUACCAAAAUACCACUAAGUUUCCAAUCAACGUCAGAGUUGCAUCCACGAAAAGCCCCAAGGAAUUGUCUCAUCAAACACUCACCAACCAAAUUAACAAGGUUUUGUCUUCCUCCGCAUUUUUACCUCCUGUUAGCACUGACAUCUCAUUGACUAUCGGUGCUAUUGGUCCUGAUUUCUCUGAAGAAGAGUUGCUCUCCAACAUCGAACAGGUUUUAAAACAAUUUCCCCAAGAGCUGUUGGUAACUGUCGGUUUGCAAACUGCCGGCUCCCCAGUAUUGCCUCUUUACUACGCUGAGAGGAUUUACGAUGAUGCUGACGUUCUUGAGAAUGUUGCUGACAAGGACGUUGAGAACGCCGAGGCCGAAGACGUGUACACCAAGGCUUUGUUGGAAUUGGCAGAUGAGAGCACAGUUAAGCAGGUCUUGGGUAAGACAAUGAAAGCCCACAAGAAG